AUGACAGGGUAAACUGUGGGCGGGCGGGCUAUUGGAAACAUCUUCACUGUGACAGGAACAGGAAGUGGUGAGCAGAGCGAGCUACCGGGUAAAUCAUGCUCCUCUUCUGUUCCUCUCUCGACACCGCCUCUACAUCAUCUCAGGCUUUCCAAAUACGUGCUCGUCCGGCUCUGCUAUGAGUUUAACUUGAGAGAAUCCUAAGAGAAGAUAACCUUCAGCCCCCCACCCCCCUACCUGGUCCAGUCUGGCACCCGCCUGAUUGAUUGGAGGUGAAAUGUCACAAAGCUGUGCUGGGACAGGGACUGCUAACGGUACCACCAAAAGGGCAGACGAACUUAAAAUUGUGGUAGUGGGAGAUGGAGGCUGUGGGAAGACAUCUCUUCUGUUGGUUUAUGCUAAAGGAGAUUUUCCUGAGAAAUAUGCACCGUCAGUGUUUGAAAAAUAUACCACCACUAUCUCUCUCGGAGGAAAAGAGAUAAAGCUCAACUUGUAUGACACAGCUGGACAGGAAGACUACGACCGACUGCGGCCGCUUUCGUACCAAGAAGCCGAUCUGAUCUUAGUUUGCUUUGAUGUCACCAACCCCACCAGCUACGAGAACGUCCUGAUUAAGUGGCACCCAGAGGUGAAGCACUUCUGUCGGGACACGCCGGUCAUCCUGAUUGGCUGCAAGACCGACCUCAGGCAGGAGGAGGAGUGCUGCAGGAAGCUCAAGGCCACGGACCAGGCUCCCAUCACUUACUCACAGGGUGAAGAGAUCCGGCAGCAGAUGAAUGCAGAGCUCUACCUCGAGUGUUCUGCAAAGCAUCAGGAGAACGUGGAAGACAUUUUCAGGGAGGCGACCAAAAGGACUUUGGCCUUCAAUCGAAAACAAAAGAACUGUAAGAGGAAGAAGAAAUGUGUAGUUUUGUGAAGAUGAACUGAUUAUUGUGGACUCUCUACUGCAAGAAGCAGCAGGUUGGUAUGAAACUCAAACGGCCUUCCGUCAACAUUAACCAUUUCAUAUUUUUGUAUAAAUAUAUAUAUAUAUAUUUUUGAUGGAAAGUUUUAUAGUUCCUACACCAGUUUCUUUCUUAAUUACAUCAGUUAGUUAUUGUCUAUUCCCAGGACAUCGAUUCAAAUGUUUGAAUCUGGUUUACAGCAAAUAAAUAACAGAUUCACGGACAGAUUAGUUCACGUUACUGUGGCUUUAACAGUCUUGAGAAAGAAAACAUUGAACAAAAUCCAUUAGUGUGUUUAUUUCCAGUGAAUGCAAACACUGAACUAGAAUCAGUGGCAGGGCGCUUUUCUUUAGCAGCGGCGCCCCCUGCUGUCAGGAAACCGGAACGUGUGCAAUAGCUGAACGCAGCGAAAUGAAUUGUAAAACGAAUACAAUUUAGGUAUUUAUUAGGUUUUGGAAAAGAAGCACGAAGGUGGAAAAACAAUUUAAUUCGGUGUUUAUUAUUAAUAUAUAUAUUUUACAACAAUGUACAGAGAAAUCGUCCCCUGUCUCUCGUUACUGAUCACACUCAGGCACCAGUUACAGUCUAGAAAUGAAUGACGACAACAUGGUUCAUCAGCUACAUCAUACAAAUGAGGAAAUCAAGUUGUUUUGUGCAUUCUGGCAGCUUUUGCAUCAAAUGUAACAUUUUGGUCUGUACCUCAACAUGUUUCAAUUUUCCCAUUAAAAGUGACUUAAAAUAUUGUGA